UUAGCAGUUGUCUGCAAUGGCAGCAUCCACGUGAAUGACGGGCUGUUUGUCGAACAACGUGCUCACUGUAAUACUGGCAAAGGUCUCUUUGUAAAAUACCGGUGCUUUAAUUAGUAUUUUAAAUUCACAGUUAGUUCAUCAUGGAGUCGAAGGGGAUGCAAAAUGCCAGAAAAAUGUUGGAAAAGCUUGGAUGGUCUGAAGGCAGUGGACUGGGACUGAAUGAAAAUGGGAUUACAGAAGCUAUCAAGCCAUCUGCCAAAUUUGACCUGUCUGGAAUUGGCCACAAGACUUAUAAUGACUUUCAGUGGUGGGAUCAUGCAUUCAACAAAGCUGCUCAAGCAUUUGAUAUCAAAGUCACAGAUGACCAAGGAGCUAUUGUUGAAAAGACGAAGACUGUAGGAAAAAUCAAAACAAAAAAAGGAAGUUCAAACGUAAAUCAGGCUGAUUUAGCAUAUGGAGUCUUCCAUAAAACUGGAACAUUACACAAUGGUAUAAUAGAGUCCAAGGAAAACAGUGUCGAGCUGAAAGAGGAAACUGACUACUCCCUUAAGUUGAGUGAUGAGGAGCUUUUCAAGCUUUGCAAUGGAUUAACUGCACAUAAAGGUGCCAGACAUGGGCUCACAGCUAGGGGAAAACUAGCAAGAAUAGCUAUGCAAGAAGCUGCAUUGCUAGCAAGUAUGAAUGCCAAUGACAACAAGAUACCUCACCAACCAGAAACAAAGAAGAAAAAAAAAAAAUCAGCAAAAUGCAGCAAGGAUGAAAAUGUGAACCAGACACCUAGUGAAUGUGGUACACUUGUAUCCUGUGUUGAGAAUAUAAAUCUGUGUGAAAAAUUAACCAAACUCAAGAAGAAGAAGAAAUCAAGGAAAGAAACAGAAUGUGAAGUGGGUGAAUCAGAUAUAUGUGAAAAUGCUCUGAUAUCAGUUCAUGAAAAAGACCUUGUUCAUAAUAAAGCUGAGAAAAGACAAAAGAAGAAGGCCGACAAAUAUCGAAAUGGCAAUGAUGAAAACUUAUUGUCUGAACCCAUAGAAGAAAUCAGUCAAGAACCCCCCAAGAAAAAGAAAAAAUCCAAGAACUAUGAAAGUGAAUCACACCAUCUCCUGUUAGAAGAAUCUGUGGAACAAAUUGGUGAAGAACCUAAAAGGAAAAAAAAGAAAAAAUCUUCUCAAAGUGUUUGACAGUUAACGACCAUGUACAUGAAUUUCCUAGGAAUGAUAAAUUAAACGUUAUCAACGAA